AUGAGCUGCCUCCGCGGCGUCCAGGGUAAAUUUGAGAAAUUCAAGUCCCGACACGAAUUUCGCAACCGCUGGGAAGUCGCGCUCGAGCCGAAACGAUUGGAGUUUCUCCUUAACCGGGGUGAGGUGCUAGGGAUAGCAAAGGCCAUAGUUACCUUUGACAGAUUACAAAAGGCGUGUGGUACGGGGGCCCAUGGGGAGGGCGGGAGGGCCGGGGAGGCCCUCUGCCCUACCCAGCAGGGUCAGGUGCCCUGUAAGUGCCCCUGCUGCGGAGGAAGGCACCCGGGCUGGGCCAAGGAGUGCCCGGGAAGGGCCAGGGCCAAGAAGGAGGCGAGAGAGGCAUACCAAUACCGACCAAGGGUGUUCGAGCCAGCUCGGACAGCAGCUGCGGAGCCUAUAACAGCACCAAGAUCAGCAUUCACCUACGAGAAGGCCCGACCACAGGAGGAGGAGUUCAACAAGAGGAGGAAAACUCGAGGCCGGAGGCCCCGUCAGGGCCCGCAGAGUCCCACGCCCAUUGAACUAGCCGCUAGUGUAGUGGCCCAGUGGGUUAGCUACAAAUGGAAGAUCGGGUGGAAGGAUAGGGGGUCGAAUACCAAGGAGGUGGUCGAACUGGCCAGGCAGGCCCGGUGGGAACAACAGAGAGCCAGUCAACAAAGUACUACUCGACAGAGGGUAUUAAACAGGAGGAUAGCCGACGAAGACCCCCCAGCCCUCUUAUUUACCGACAAAGCUCUGAUGAGACACGAAGGUCUUACAAAGGCGCAGAGCUCCCUCCUUUCCCAGGCCCGUAUCGGGGAUAUAGGCCUCCGGGACUACCUGUUCAGGGUGAAAGUCCUGGAGGUCCGUACCCCUAUUUCGAGUGCGGGAGAGGCAGGGAGACAGUGGAGCACUUGGUGGUUUGGUGCCCCGACCCGCCGUUACAAAGGCCGUGGGACGGCAGAGAGAUUCGGUCACAUCGGGACCUACAAACCGUAUUACGGGGAGUAG